AGGAAAUGAGUGCAAGGAACUCUGAAAAUAGGCGCAGUUAUACAAAAGAGCUAAUGCAUCGAACAGGGAGCAAGCCUACUAGACAAGUCAUUUGGGAUGAAUUGGGAGCGAAUAAGGGGAAAAAAACCAACUUUGGUAGAUGUAUUCCACGCAACUCGCAAGAAAGGCACUAACCUCCCAAAUGCAGAAACGACACAAAAAUACGAGGAAAUUCAGAAAAUAAUGGAAGAAGAACCAACACUUUCCCAUGUACAGGUAGCACAAAAGGUGUUUAAGUCGAAGUCUCGUGAUCGGGUUUUGGGUUUUGGAGGAGGAAUAACACUUAAAGAAUUAUCAGGACCACAACCUAGUAGGGCGGAACUUCAAUCUAAGUUGAAUGAGGCAAACAAACAAAAUCAUGUUCUUACCAAUCGCGUGGAUACAGUACAGGAAGAAAACAAUGCACUUAAGAGUCGCAUGAGUUCAGUUGAAGAAGAGCUUAAUGCAUUUAAAGAAGUGUUCUUACAACGCUUUUCAAAAGAUGGCACUCCAAGACAGAAUACUUCAACUAGUUAGAUUUUUAUUUUGUUCUUUUAGAUUGAACAAGAAUUACUUAUCUUUAUUAGAAU